AUUGCCGUAUACAAACAGUUGCGAACAGACCGUCCAAUUGGACACAACAGAAUUUCUGCCUACCGGAAGGGACAUACCUCGAAUUUUUCAAUCUAAAAGCUUUAUCUCUCUGAAGAAAAAAAAAGUUAAAAAAAAAUUAAAUUUUCUUGUAUUUCCCCGCGAGUGAAUGGCCAAGGAAGUGAAGUUGUUGAUCUUGGUGGAAAUCUAUGCAAAAGAGCACAAUAUAUCACCGAGAAGUGUUUCAAAAACUAUUUGAAAUCAGAACACUGGUGAGGCUAACACAGUCACCUGUCACAGCUAGAUAGAUGUUUCUUCCUGUUCUCAACUCACUCGGAAGGUUCUACCGGGCGCUUGUGAGGGUAAAGCGCUUGGAUGAUGAUGGGCAUGAAUCCAAAUUAGCACGCGUGCUCUCACUUUUUGAUCUCACGGCACUCGGUGUGGGAUCUACCCUUGGCUUGGGUGUCUACGUUCUCGCUGGUGCUGUUGCCAGGGAACAAGCUGGUCCGGCUGUUACCAUCUCCUUCCUUAUUGCCGCCAUUGCGUCGGCUUUUUCGGGACUAUGCUACGCUGAAUUUGCAGCUCGUGUCCCUAAGGCUGGGUCUGCCUAUGUCUACAGCUAUGUGAGCGUAGGGGAAUUUGUUGCUUUUACCAUUGGAUGGAAUCUCAUUCUCGAAUAUGUUAUAGGAACUGCCAGUGUCGCCAGAGGUCUCAGUGGUUACUUGGAUUCGCUGUUUGAUCAGCAAAUGUCCAAAACUCUGGGAGAACUCUUCCCCAUUAAUGUGGAAUUUCUCGCUGAAUAUCCGGACUUUUUUACAUUUUUCAUUGUUAUCCUCCUGGCACUACUCCUUGCUGUUGGUGUUAGAGAAUCAACACUCUUCAAUAAUAUCUUUACAACUGUCAAUAUGGCGACUAUUAGCAUUAUUAUUGUAGCUGGUGUGCUAAAAGCAAAUCCAGCCAAUUGGGCUAUUGAUGCGGAAUCAACGGCAGGUUGUACUGCUGAAAAAUGCGGCGAAGGUGGAUUUAUGCCAUUUGGGAUAGCAGGAGUCAUGGCAGGUGCUGCCAAGUGCUUCUAUGGAUUUGUAGGAUUUGACUGUGUCGCCACAACUGGGGAAGAAGCUAAAAAUCCCAAAAGGAACAUUCCUCUCUCAAUUGUUCUAUCGCUAAUUAUCAUCUUCCUUGCUUACUUCCUCAUUUCAACCGUUCUAACCAUGAUGGCUCCAUUCUACACGCUGGAUCUCAAUGCCCCCUUCCCGCGUGUUUUUGAGGACGUUGGUUACAUUGAGGUGAAAUGGGUUGUGACAGUUGGGGCUAAUUUUGCUCUCUGCACCUCUCUUCUGGGGGCCAUGUUUCCACUGCCGAGGGUUCUGUAUGCCAUGGCAAGUGAUGGAAUCCUGUACAAAGUCCUGAAGAAGGUGUCACCGCGUACGAAAACGCCAAUAAUUGCUACGAUGAUUGCGGGUGUAUUUGCCGCCAUCAUGGGAGCCAUCUUUAAUCUUCAUCAACUAAUUGACAUGAUGUCCAUUGGAACGCUUCUUGCGUACUCAAUUGUGGCCAUUUGUGUGCUUGUUUUGCGAUAUCAGGACGACGACAUGGUAGCUUGUACGCUAAAUGUGAGCUUCAUCGGGAGAAUGUUCAAUACGAGUGGCACAAAGAUUGCCAAUGCAAAUACAAGUGCCAUCAGUAAGUUCGGAGUUGUUGUCUUCAGCAUUCUUGCAGUUGUUAUGUGUGCCAUCAUCAAAUUCGCUCGUAUUGCUGACAAUUUUCCCAUCCAAGUGAUCAUCGUGGUUCUAGCUGUAGCCAUGAUUAUCUGUGUUGGGUCCAUUGCACGACAACCAAUCUCCCAGGUCAAGCUAACCUUUAUGGUUCCAUGCGUACCGCUCCUGCCCUGUAUCUCCAUCUUUGUCAAUCUCUACCUAAUGUUUCAAUUGGAUAUCUACACGUGGAUCCGUUUUGCCGUAUGGGUGGCCAUUGGUUACCUCAUCUACUUCACCUACGGCAUCAGGAAUUCCGUUGAAGGGGAGAUCCAGCACAACGAAGCAAUUGCCAGGGAAUUAAUAAACAACACACACAAAUCAGCUCAAAUGAGUAAUGAGAUAAAUGGAACAUACAAGAUUACUCUCAAAGAAUGAAGCGACGCCAUUACCGCAACUAAUAUAUUUUUUUAUAAAACUAAACGCAAUCCAUUGUGAUAGAUACCAGUCAGGACAAAAAACCCCUAAUGUAAGAUAUCAAUGAAGAAUUUUAUCAAAAUAAAGAAAGAAAUAAUAUUUAUGAGCGAU